AUAGCAAAAGGGUUAAGGAAACAACAAUAAAGUCAUCAAUAGCCGACGAAAAUUUCCAUAGGACGAUUUGUUUUAGUGCUGGGUAUAUUGUUUUAAGUUUGCAAUUCCGGAUGAUGAUCAUCGUUAAUAAAAAAGAAUAGAAUUUAUAAAAUUGAUCUACUGUACGAUGGAGACAUCAUUUGAAGGGCGUGAUGCUUUCGACCUCUCAUUGGAGGAUGAAUAUCUCUCUCCAGGGAUGCUCGAUAUCAGUCCCGACUGUGUUGGACUCAGUGAUUUUGUACCGAGCAAUUUCAUGCCUCAAACACACCAAUCCAUUGGGAAUACAGUCAACAAUGAAUGGAAUACAGUUAGUGACGGAAUGGAUGAUUUGGACAGUGCCAACUAUGGUGGAAUGAUUAAUCCCGACGAUUUUCUAAAUGAUAUUUUGUGCGAUUCAUCGAAUUCCUUGUCUAAUCGUAAUACACCCUCACCUUCCGAUAGUCAAGAGAGUUACGAUUCAGCACCCUCGGCAGGUGGCUUUGACGGUUGCCACGUAGUUCCCAUGCAUUUGGACAGCCCGCCUAUCUCACCGCAGUCACCGGUAAGUCCCAAGGACGAAACAAAUGCAUUGAAAUCUAAUAGUGGGCCGCGACGAUUAAAAAUCGUUCCUAACAAUCUUUGUACCUCAUCUGGCGCGACUAAAACGAUCACAAAGAAAACGAUCGUCCUAUCAGCAAAGGAUUACCGCGCUCUAUUAGCAAACUUACAGCGGCAAACCCCAAGCAAUACUAUUAUUUUAAAAGCAACACCGACAAAUACACUACCCAUUGAAUCCGUUGUGAAACCAUUGCCAACAUCUACGCGCUUACUAAAACAGGAAAUGCCUUUGGUUUUACCGAAACCAACGGUUAAAUCAAGGGAGGUAGAAACAACGUAUGAAAUUAAAUCACCAGCAGCUAUAAAAAAGGAACCUACUAGAAAGACCUUUAGUCCACUUACCAUCCCUAUGAUGCUAGCCGCUGGAACCACGCUUUCUGAACACACAAUCGACGAAAAGAUUCUCAAAAAACAUCAACGUAUGAUUAAAAACCGGCAAUCAGCAUACGAGUCAAGACAAAAGAAGAAAGAGUACGUCACCUCAUUGGAAGAGCGACUUGAGCAGUUAUCAAUAGAUAAUCAACAUCUAAGGGUGGAAAAUGCAAGCCUUCUGGAAAAGUUGAAAAUGAGAUGUACUUGUUCAGAAAACAACCUAUUAGUGGGGAAUUUAACCGUCAAACAAGUGAUACCAACUGCUCGCAAAAAUACAGCAAUCGUUUUAGCGAUGUUGUUUAUGGUCUCACUGAAUUUUUACCCUAUUGGCAAUCUUCUCACCAACACUGAUCAUAUGGAAUUGGAUCAAAUGUCCGAUAAAGUGGUGGAGUAUCAUUCUCGUGGGCUGCUAUGGAUGAAUGAAUCGAGCAAUCUUAGCAACAGACAGAGUCGGCCUUUUCGAGUCAACCUAACGGUGAUCGACGAACUUAUAAAAGAAGAUUCAAUCGAAAUGUUAUCUGUAACCAAAUGUCCCCUCUACGUAAAUCAAACGGAAAACAUACGCUUGGCGAGUGAACUUCGCCGGUGGAUUGGAGAGAAUGGUUACAAAAAUCUUACUGAUGGCAAGGGUCAACCGGAUGUUACAAUCGAUACGUUUGAUAAAAUGUUUCGUUUGAAGGAUACGAUCGACUCCAUAUACCAACACAUGAAAGACAUAAGUAUGCAUAUGAAAACGUACGAACGUCGGCAACAGCAACCCCAAAGCGGAAAAAAAUUAGCACGUAAUCGGCCACGUAAAGCAACUGGACAGCGAGAAAUGGUGUCGUACCACAGGAAAAUACCUAACCAUCACGAUCUAGAUUUGUACUAUCCUAGAGUACACGUGAAAUAUGCAGAAUUUUUUGAAGAAAUAGGUCGUCGUGAUGAUACAUUUUAUUUAGUGUCAUUUAGCGAGGAGCAUUUGUUGUUGCCUGCUUUGGCUUACAAUAAAACAAAUCGACCGCGAAUGUCAUUGAUGUUACCAACCAUAACAGCCUCUGGUACGCCGAUGGGCAACGGGACUAAUCGAUCAGAUAAGAUAACACUUAUGCAGAUCGACUGUGAAGUGAUGAACACUUCCGUGAUUCAGAUACGUGAAAAAACUAUACCUGGAGCCUUACGACCGCAGGGCAGUGAAACAGCUAAGGGUGGAUCUGUUGAUCCAUAUGGAAAUCGUAACGCAACAAACCCCGAAGUUAACAAAAAACGAUCAGGCGGCAGGCCCUCUAGAGGAACUUCUGGUGGAACCAGGCUAGUACGAAGUAAUUCAUCCACUACGGCACAUGCCACAAGCGAUGUGGAAGAAAUUCAACAAAAACGAAAAAGUGUUCAACUUCAGCAUGUGCCCAUCAGACCGUUCUUUGUAGAGCGCAUAAAUGAUCAUUUGAAAAGCGUACAUCAUGUUAAUUGAGUGUGGAAUUGUAUUUAAACAGGACAACAUAUUCGCUUAGCAAUGUUUUGCUGGUCGGUCAAUGGUCAUUUAAAACAAUAAGUUAUAAGCUGAUCUCAACACGAAAGGAACAUUUAAAACUGAGUUAUAAAAACAUCCAAGUAUCUAACUCUUGCUAACCGUACGUUGCUGCAUUUCAGAAAUACUCUAUUUUUUUCGCAUUUGCAACGAAAUUAUUACACAAAUGUUUGUUUGAUGUUAUAAAUUUUAAUUCUUCGUUUGUUUAUUUUCUAUUCAUUCCACAUGCUAGCAAUACAAACUGAAUUUUGGCUUCAUUUUUUUCAGUUUUUUUGUAGAAUAUCUAACAAGCAGUAAUAUUUGCAGGAAAUAAAUAGUAUAAAACAUGUCUGUAAUUGCAAUGCUAAAUACAAAGUAUACUGUACACGUUUAACCAACACAGAAAGGUAGAUAGAUUGAACGAAAAUGUAUUCAGCUCAAAUCAUAGGUAAGAUAGUUCAGCGAAUAUGUAUUUUCCCUAUAUGACCUACUCGAAGCGCGACUUGAUGCCAUGCCAGUUUUCUGUAAUGGCGGCUAGGAUAGCUCGAUUUUGCUGGCUAUAACAAAAUAAACAAAUAAUAAUUAUAAAAUUAAA